AACACCUCUAAAUAAUACAACAUGUUACACGUAUUUCUAUUUAGCAGUGAGUAUUGUUUCUUUGAUAUUUAUUCGAACUUUCUCUUGUAUUCAUAUUAGCUAGUUGGCCCUAGAUAGCUAACUACCUGAGGAAAAUAAAUGGCUAACGUGUAGCUGAAAUGGCUAGACCCAACUGUAUCGCAGCAAGUAACUGAUUAUGUUGCAGUUCAUUUGCAAUUAUACUCUAAGCAAUUAUACUCUCACACGUAGCCAUGGCAUGUGCAAAUGGUGAACUAGUCAGUACAGGGACUGGGGAGGGAGCCAGCAAAUGUUUAGGGUUAUGGUUAUCUCAGCAAGGCCCCCUCUUCCAUUUUGCGUAGUAACGUAAGUGAACAAAGGCUGGAGGUGUGAUUGGUGUUUACUAAGGUUAGCUAGUUGUUUUACCCUCUUAUUAUAGUUUGUUAUUGCAGUAUAGCAGAACCAACUAGCUAUUUCACGGAAAUAAGAAAUCCCGCAAUUUCCAUGUGCUACGUAUUUCCACACCACUGGCUUUAUGCCCUAUUGUAGCCUACCCCAAAUUCAGCCAUAAUGAUACACAUCUGCUUGAUUGUUAUAAACACACUUGGCUGUUUGAAUGUGGGUUUAAUUGUAUGUGGAGGACCAUUUUUAUCUAAGUGUUAUGAACAGACUAUUGGCCUACUUGAAUAUACAUUGUUGUUGUGUGGAAAAUGUGUACUACAUGAACAUCUAAAUGGACAAAUCUUCUUUCAGUUUCUCAUUCACGUUUGCGGAGUAUCAAUUUGUUUUGAAAAUUGAGGCCUGUUGAAAUGGGAGAUCCAGCCAUGCACCGAGAUUGCCCUCUCGACUGCAAGGUCUACGUGGGAAACCUGGGGAACAAUGGCAAUAAGACAGAGCUGGAGCGGUCAUUUGGCUAUUAUGGGCCACUUCGCAGUGUCUGGGUAGCUAGGAACCCCCCAGGCUUUGCCUUUGUGGAAUUUGAAGAUCCAAGGGAUGCAACUGACGCAGUGAGAGAACUUGAUGGAAGGACACUAAGUGGUUCCCGUGUGCGAGUGGAGCUGUCCAAUGGUGAGAAACGCACCCGCAACCGGGGUCCUCCUCCAUCGUGGAGCCGACGUCCUCGAGAUGAACAUCGUGGGCGUCGUGGUAGCCCGCCCGCCAGGCGCAGAUCCCCACGUAGGAGGAGCUUCAGCCGCAGCCGAAGCAGGUCUCUCUCCAGAGACAGGAAGAGGGAGAGAUCUUUGUCCCGGGACAGGAACCACAAACCUUCAAGAUCAUUUUCUCGAUCAAGGAGCCGCUCCAGGUCUACGGAGAGAAAGUAAGGAAAUGCAUGGCAGUCGAGUUUGACGGCGAAGAAGAUGAAUGAUUUUUUUUUUUUUUUUUAAUAUUUUAGCGGUUUCGUUUUUGCUUCUCUGUGACAUGUAAGGUAUCCAAUUCCUCUGUAUUUUGUAAAUAAGUUGGUAUGCAGGUGUAACGCAUGACUAAAAUGGCUGUUAGUCCUGUUAAUGCCAAGACAUACCGUAGUUGUCCGCAAGCAGUAUUUCAUCAAUCAUUAUAAGCGUUCUCUAUUUGUCCAUGAAAGUACCAGCUCACGGAAACACACCAUUCUAAGUAGUCUAGUGCUCAAGUCAUGUUCCAUGUCAGCAAGAUUAGUGUGUCGAUGUGGUGGAAGGCUAUCCUAUUGUCGGUUAAUAUACCGAUGUUUUCUAAUUGACCUCUAGGACUUCCACUAUUCUUCCAGUUCCUGUUGGUAAAGGUUUGUCUUUGCAAAUAACGGCACCCUUAUUUUGACUACAAUAGCCCACUGUUUUUCUUUUCCUUGAUAUUUGUACUACUUGUUAUGUUCUCAGAAUUAAACUAGUUGUAAAAAGGC